UUAGUUUUAUGAAAAUCGAACGCGCAACAGGUGUUCAAUCGCAAACAACACGCUCGAAUUAAACGAAUCGCCGCGCGGAAAGCGCUCGCCAAGCCAAAGAAAACUCAAGUCGCUGCGUGAAAAGCAGGGGAGAUACUUACAACACACAAAAUAACAAAGUAAACAUUGGAUUUUGGAGAAGAGGCCGCAAAUCGUUAACACCUGUUCGCCAACACAUUCCUGCGUUCCUUUUGCGUUCUGCGCCUGCGCGUGUGUUUUUUAUUUAGUUUUUCACUUUGUUUACCUCUCUCGCGGGUGUUUUAAAGUCUUCGGUUUUGUUUCGAAUUAACAAACAAGUGGCUGGGGACAUUCGACAAUUUGCUAGUUGCAAUCGCAGCAUAUUUUCAUCCCAAAUUCAAGCCGUGAGCAAGGGAAACAACAACAGCAGCAGCAUAAACAUAAACCAAAAAACCGGUUAAAGCGGACAAGAGUGAGAAAGAAAGGCGCCCCAAAAGAGCAAGCGGGACAAACACAUAUAAAACGUCAAAAAAAUCCAACGAAAAAAAAGAAAAGAAAAAAAAAACCGAAAUAAAAGAUCCACAGAUUUUUGGUAUUUGUUUUGAAACGCAAACAGAAAAAUAAAGUGUGUUUGUUCUUUGUUUACCCGUGUUAACACCGAGUUUUCCCCGUAAAAGCCUUAUCGGCCGAUCAAAUCGAAAGUGAACGAGUAAUUGCCGUUGGUAUUUCGAUAUUGCCAUUGCCGAAACUCUUCGCGUGGCCUUUUUCCUUAUCGCCAGUGCGCCUUACCAGAAACAACUACCUGUUGCUGCAACGAUCAUCACCAGGCCAUUCCGCAGGGCACACCUAUAAAGCUCUUCAAGAUUUGUGGAUGUUUUCAGAUCUUCUGUAACAUGCUCUUAACCAAAGGUUAUUGAUUGGUUACAUCGGGAAGUUCAAUCAAAAUGGCAGACAGCAACACCAAAUCCCCAAUGGAGCACACUUCCGAGGGUUGUGAUGAGGUUGACUUUAUAGUGGCCACACACAACAAUAACAACGAUUAUGAGGAUUUAAGUGCAGUGAGUCAGGCGGUGAUGAACACCAAAGGAGCAGCAGUGGAGUCAACAACAUCCGCAACAGCAGCAGCCGCAACAGCAACACCAAACAACGAACCAAACAGCAACACCCUGAAAAAGACCAAGGAGCGUCGCACCCUCUUCCAUUUUGGCAGCAGCAGCAGCAGCAGCAAGAAGCUGAGCCAGAGCAAGUCACAGGAUAGCCAGGAUGCGGCCAGCAAGGAUAGCAACCAGGCAACCACAUCUCCGCCAGCUCUUCUGCCGCCGGUGCCCAUUGGCACACCGCCGCGACAACACAAGUUCGUGAAGAGCAACAGCCUGGCCAGGCUGCUGGGCAACACCUACAAUGCCAAGAAGUUCGAGAAGCAGGAGCAGAAGCGUCUGGCCAGCUCCGAGGGCGGCAAGUUCAACACGUACAGCGGGAGGCGUGGUCGCGGUGGUCCCUAUCUGGAGCGCUUUAAGCGUGUGUCCAAGGAGGACGGCGAUGUGGCCGGCGAGGAUGACUGCGUGAGGGUCACCAAUGUCAUCACCCUCACGACGGACUCGCGGGACCUGCAGUACGGCAGCCGGCAGGAGCAUGUGGGUCGCACUGGUGGCCACGACCAGCAGCACGAUCAGCUCAGCUCCAAGGCCAUUCGCACGCUCACCCGGAGUCUGGGCAAGCUCUGGCGUCGCACCCACAGCGUGGAUAUUAGCACUCCGGACCCGGAGUUCAAGGUGUCCUAUCUGGGAAAUGUCCUAACCGGCUGGGCCAAGGCAGGUGAGGGUUGUGUGGAGAAGCAGCUGAACACCUUGUGGCGCAACUACACCCAGCACUCCAAACCGGAUGUGAUCAUGCGACUGAAGGUCUGUGCCUCCGGGUUGAAGGCCACCACCCGGCAGCACGGGCUCACGGAGUACUGGGCCCACAGGAUCACCUACUGCUGCGCACCGAAGAACUAUCCGCGGGUCUUCUGCUGGAUCUAUCGCCACGAGGGCAGGAAGCUGAAGCACGAGCUGCGCUGCCAUGCGGUGCUCUGCAGCAAGGAGAAGAUCGCCCAGGACAUUUGCGACACCCUGAGGGAAAACCUGGAGAGCGCUUUGCGCGAAUUUAAGCGUGAGAAAAUUCUGAAGCAAAACGCUCGCCUGAGUUUGGCCAACGCCGUCUACGACAACCCGAGCUUGCCGCGCCGCAAGAUCAUGCUGAGUGUGGGCGGCAACAACUACCGACCGCCACUGGAGCGCUCCAAGUCGGCGCCCAAGUUGAUGGCCAUCGAGGAGGCCAUUGGCGAGGAGGAGGGCGACGAGAUCGAGGACACCAAUGAGCCGGAGAUGAUGCCCUGCUGUCAGAAGGACUCCCUCUAUCCGGCCAUGACUCUGGGCAGGCGCCGUUGUCGUCGCGGCCACUCGAUCCGGAGAACGGGCAAGAUUCAGUCCUUCUCGCCCUGCUGCAGCUCGCACAUGGCGCAGAAGGAGCUGCCCCAGGAGGAGGUGGCCACUGUGAGCAGUCCCGCUAACGAUGGCUCCGAUUCGGAUGACUUUGAGAAGCUGUUGAAGUUUGACACGACCCUGAGCAAUGAGUUGUUGCCUUACUUCGACAUGCAGCUCCACAAGAACAGCAGCCAGAGCAUGGUGAGCCUCAGCGAUCUGAAGGAGGAGGAGGGCGAGCCCCUGAGCCUGCUGCCCACGAUCAACAGCGACCCGAGUGCGGAUCCGGAGGCGGACUACAAUGCCGAGGAUCAUGAAGUGCCCGCUCCGCGUCGCAGUGGCGUCUGCAGUGACGGCGAGGAGGAUUUCCUGGACGAUGCGGACGACCACUACUUCCGGCAUGCGGCCAUGCUGACCAUGCUGCACCGCAGCUCGAUGAGGAAGAUGAGGGCUGGAGAUCAAGGGAGCUUGAAGUACCGCCACCAGGCGCAGUCAUCGAUCUCCUCCAAUGCGUCGAGCUCGACGACGGCCAGCACUUCGGCAGCAGCGGGCGGAGGAUCCAACCAGCAGGGCCUGGCCAGUCCGGACAGCGACGAGGGAUCGAUAUCAAGCGGCUGCGAGACGGCCAGCACAGUCACCAAUGCCAACCACGAGGAAUUCAACGGCAAGCGGGACAGCGAUCCCGGCCAGCUGGAGCAGUCGCCGGACUUGGAGCUGCAGCAGGAGCAGGUGCUGGAGCAGAUGAUGAUCUACCAAAGACUGGAGCAACAGCUGCGGAACAACAGCGGCGAUGCCACCAACUACAGCAGCUCCAGCAGCAUCACGCUGAAGCGCAGCAAUUCCGGCAGUGAUGAACUGGAACUGAACAAGCAGGAGAGGAGUGACCAUCCGGCCGAAGACUCCGACAGCGACGAGAGCGGUUAUGUGGAGUUCCAGGAGAAGGAGCGACCUGGUCAGCAGCCGCUUAUCAGCGAGGCCAGCGUAACUCUGGCCAAGAUUGCGACGGUCAAGCCACAGAUUCCCCCAAAGCCGGCUCCACGGCGUUCGCUUAGCCUCAAUGUGGCCACCGGCACCUCAUCCGCUGGCAAGGCUCCGGGCACCGCCGUCUGAGGAAAUGCUUUAAUCACAACGGAAACCCGUCUACAAAUUGUUAUUUCUGCACACCCGUCAGCAAACACAGCAAACACAAAGUGCAAGAAAUUGAAACCCUAGUUGUAGGUUAGCCAUUAGCACUUAGUCGAUAAGUCAUUUGUUGUUGGUUCAUCAAGAGGAAGACCUAACGAUAUUCCCAUCCAUUUCCCAUCCCAUCAUCGAUAUGUGCCCCCUAUUCCAAAAAUAAUGAAUUUAUAUUGUACGCCCCUGUAAAUAAACUAGUUGCCCUAAGCACUGCAUGUACUAUAUAUAUCUACACGAUUGUAAUUGAUGAACUGUAUCUUACGUACCAAUAUAAAUUAUUAUCUGAAUGAUA